ACUUCUGCGGAGCAUGCGUGUAAAACACAAACGGAAAUUUCCAUUGAAAACAAGACCUUAGUUCCUUCUAUCUUAGUUUUUGAACCAUAGAGAAUGGCUCCGAGGUACGAAUUAGCAGUUGGCCUCAACAGAGGCCACAAAACGACGAAAAUUCGUGUUGCCAAAAAUAAAAAUGAAAAGAAAAAGACCGUGUGCGUUUUGCCAGCCAGAUUUAAAGGGAGACAAACCAAACACAGCAAAUUCAUUAGAGAUCUAAUUCGUGAAGUAACUGGACAUGCACCAUAUGAGAAGCGUGCUAUGGAAUUGUUGAAAGUGUCCAAGGAUAAGCGUGCAUUAAAAUUCUUGAAGAGACGAUUGGGCACACAUAUUAGAGCCAAAAGGAAACGUGAAGAACUAGGAAACAUCCUUGUACAAAUGAGGAAAGCAGCUGCUCAUCAUUAAAUAACUCAUUAAGUUUUGUAUUAUACAUUAAUAAAAUAAAUGUAUAAAACACA